CUUCCAAUUUUCAUUUUUUUUUGUUUUCAAAACAAUGUUUUUUCUAUGCCCUCUGUUGAGGACAAAGAGCCAAUUCUUCUCUAGCUGCGGCUUCCACGUCUUCAUCGACGAGCUCCUGUGGCUGAGGCAUGAACCUAUGUGCCCUUUCCCCAUGAUGAAGAAAAGAGGCAAACAUGUUCUAAACCAUAUCAAUAUGUUCUAAACCAGGCUUUGGACUAUCUGUGGAUGGUAGAGUCAUAACAUCCAUAGCCAGAAAAUGCAGAAACUGUUCUAACCCCUACUGCAAAGAGAGUUCAAAGCUAGAUGGUGAAAACGAUCAGAGAUUUAAUAACUGGUGCUUGGAACCUGAGAGACAGGUCUUAGCAACUGCAUAUGCCUUAAGUGCAAUAGAGGUACCAGAGUCAGGACCAGAACCUACUCUUGGACUUGGAACAGGGCAGCCCAAGGCCACGAUGCAGCGCACAGGAGAGGCCGCUCUGCUCCAUAGUCAAUGGAUGAUUCUAUAGUUGUCUUUUCGUUAUGAUCUAUGCUUCAAUUACAUUUUUAUCGUUAUAAAACUUUGUACUGCGUUUGCACAGUGAUGGUUGUUUUGGUUAUUGCGAUUGUAAGAACGAAUUUUUGUCCAUUCAAGUAUUGUUGCUACCGGUUACCUUUUCUGUUGAUUGUAAUUCAAGUAGAAAUAGGUGUGAUUAAAUGCAUCUCAAUUUCUCACAGUUGAACUAAAUAAUGUUCUUGUGCUCUUAGAAGGUAGUGCCUUCAAGACUAAAUUCCUUGAUUCAGGUGAUGACCUCAGGAGCUACUGCAGCUGCAGUAGCUGAAUAUCAAGGAGGAGAAUGAGGUUAUGUUUGAUUCAGUCUACCACACUGAAUAUCAAGGAGGAGAAUGAGGUGAUCGUCAUCCACAGCGACGCCGACUCCGAUGUUGCCCCGGUCAAAGAGAAUAAGGUGGUAAUCGACCUUGUUGAUGAGGAAGAUUGUGUAAUUUUUAUUGCGAGUGAUGAAGGUGUAUCAUUCAGUGUCAAAGUGUGUGCAUGUAUUCCUUCUUUGUCACAUUCUGUGAGGACUGCAACUUGCAUUGUCUGAGAAACACUAUGUACUGUUGAUGAGCAUUUUAUAAUGAUGGAAUGACUCUGAGUACCAAAUGUCUCAAAAUCAGCAAUAAUGAUGUGGGGAAGGG